AUGAUUGAAUUAGAAAUGCAAAUUGAACAACUAAAACAAACUCUUCAAGCUGCUAAUACAGAAGUAGAUAAUUUGAUAUUGCAGAACAAUGACUUGCAAAGGGAACUAGAAAACUGCCAGAUGGUGAUUAAAUCACUAAGAGCUAUACAAACUUUAGGACCUAAAAAAAUACGCGGGGGAAAUCAUAAACAAAUAUUGAAGCACUUUGAUUUAUAUACCAAAGAUUUGAAAGAAAAUGACUUAGCGGUAAUACUAAUAGGAAACUACGACAUUAAAAUGGGGACAUCAUAUGUGGAUGAAAUUCGAAGAAUUGUGAGCAAAGAAAAUAGAAAAUUCAACAUUUUGUUAGGAAGUAUAAUAUACGACAACAUAAAUGAUGAUAAAAUCUUUACUAUUAAUAAAGAACUCUUUAAUCUAGCUGCGGUAUCUGAGAAUGUCAGAUAUCUUGAAAUAAAUGUAAAAGUCAAGAGUAUUAAUAAUAAAUAUUUAGAGCUAAAAUUAUUAACAGAAAAUACAACUUGUGAUGUGCUUUGUCUAACAGAGACUUGGACCAAUGAAUUGAAAUUAGGCGUAAUGACUAUUGAAGGCUUUAUACUUGUAUCAUAUUACAAUAGGAUGCUAUUUGAACAUGGAGGUACAGCUAUUUUUGUUAGACACUCACUUGAAUAUAAAAUAAGACAUGACAUUGUAAAGUUGAGUAUUGAAAUGAAUUGUGAACUAGCGGCAAUUGAAGUAAAAUCGUCUAAAUUAGUUAUUAUUUGUGUAUAUAGACCUGAUUAUGAUUAUUUAAUAUUCGAAGAUAUUAUGACUAAAGUUAUCGAAAAAAUAGGGAGGGAAAACAAAAGAAUUGUAAUUGCAGGAGAUUUUAAUUUAAACCUAUUGAAACCAAAUAAUAAAGUAUCCAAAUUUUUAAAACUAUUGAGUGAAUUAAAAUGUAAAUUCGUCUUAAAUGAGCCAACCCGAACCAAAGGGAAGUCUUCCACAUGUAUUGAUAAUUUCAUUUUAAAUGACGAUGAUGAUUUUCAGUAUCACAGGGGUAAAGUAUUAGACGUAAAGUUAUCAGAUCAUAACGUCAUAGAAUUAAAGUAUAAAUUGAAUUCUAAAUAUCCUAAACCAAAGGAGAAGACUGAGGUUAGAUCUAGAAUAAUAUCUCAGGAAAAUAUAAAAUAUUUUCAUUACUUGUUCUGUAAAGACUUUGAAUGUGUAAGAAAGGAUGUAAAUUUGAAACUUGACGCAAAUGAGAAAAUGAACAUUCUUAUAGACUAUAUACAAUAUUGUUAUUACACUGCAUUUCCAUUAAAAACAAUAAAACCUAUAAAAAAUAAGAAUAAACUAACAACCAAGGGUAUUUUGAUAUCUAGAAAUAAUCUUCAAAAAACUCGAAAUAUUGCAUAA